AUGUAUGCUCAAUUAUUUCUUAGUUUAACAAAAGCUCAACUUCAAGAAGAAUUUAAUCAUAUACAAUCACAUUUACCCGUACCAGAAUUAAUACCAAUUCAUUUAACACGACAACUUACACAAUUAAUGUCACAUAUUGGUAGAGCUGGUUUAUUUCGUGCAACAAUGAAUGCAUUAUGUCAAAAUUCGGAUUUAUUAGUUAGUACAAUGGAUGUAUUUAUUAAAGAACCAUUAAUGGAAUGGAUGGCAAAAAUAAAUAUACUUCGUUCGGAUGAUACCUAUGCAAAAGAUCGAAUUAAAAGUACACGAUUUAAACUUAAUGGAAUUAAUCCAACUCUUAUAAUUGGUUUUCUUCGUUCAUCAAAUUUAAAAGAAGCACGUCAUCAAAUGGAAAAAGUUGUUCGUGGUGAUAAAAUAGAUAGUAAACGUGCACAAAUUUUAUUAAAAUAUAAUUCAAAUCGUUAUCAUAAAUUAACUGUCGAUGAAUAA